UUGAGGCGGCCUCCUGAGGCUCCGCUGCUGGGGGACCGAUAAGAAGAGGGUCCGGUCGGGCUGGGCAGAGACUCGUUCCUUUUGCCGCAACCUGGGAUUAGGCGAAAGGGCUUCCAGGGUAGAAGGUAUCUGGAGUGGGGUUUUUCCCCCACCCUUUCUCCAUAAUGACUGCUUUUUGUCUAAAGAAACUAAUUGGUCAGGCCAUAAGGAAUGAUGCUAAUUUCAUCACUAGAUGUUUUGCCACUUUGGGGGCACAACCAGCGUGCACCACAAUGAUCUCUCACACCUGGGUAGAACUGGAGCAGUCUAAAAGAGGAUUUCUCUCUGUCCUUACAAAAACGUUUUGUACAUAUGAAGAUGCUGAGGAAAAGGAAAAAGGAAAGAAAAUCAGCUCCUCUGCCAGAAAAAACAUUGGAAGUGUUGGGAGAAAAAUCCCUCAUCGAAUUAUUCACCUGAUUGAUGAGAAUGGAGAGGAUCUGGGAGAAAUACACAGAGCAGAUGCGAUUAAAAUGAUGGAGGAAAAGGAGUUGAAGCUUGUACUGCUGAAGGAGACAGCAGACCCUCCAGUUUACACACUAAUGAGCGGUCAGCAGAUUCAUGAAGAGCGCCUCAAACUCAGAGACAAGCAGAGAGCAAGCUCCAAAAAGGCAGGGGCUGUUCAGCAGAAGGAAUUAACUUUUACCACAGCCAUUGCACAGCACGAUUUAGAUAUGAAGAUCAAACAAAUUCAGCAGUGGGUUGAAAAGAGGCAUCACGUCAAGGUUAUUGUGCAGGAAAAGAAAGUUACUGGUGAACCGGACAAGAUGCUAGAGUUCUUUGGGCGGAUUUUGGAGACUAUGCCUGAGAAAGCGACUUACCUUUCCCCACCUCGUGUUCUUAAAGAAGGAAGAUGUGCAUGCAUAUACAGACAUAUGUCAGAGAAAGAACUCCAGGCAUAUAAGCGUAUGGAAAAAGACAAAAAGGACUCAGAAGGACAAUAAAUAGGAAACUACUGGAUCAUGUCUUCU